GCACGCGCUCUCUCUGUCUCUCGGGCGCGCUGUCUUUCUCUUUAUCUCUCUCGCGCGCGCUCUCUCCUUCUACCUCUCUAGUGUAAUUAAAGCUGUUUAAAUAAAUAAAGUUUAAUGCUACGGAUUAAAGGAUAAAAGGAUACGUUAAAAGGAAAUAUUUUUGUGUUGGAUAUUCGGGAGCACCGAAGGAGAAGAGAAGGAUGUGGACAUUCAGACGCCACGGAGGAUGACAUCCGGAUGGACAUGAACACAGAGCUUCCAGGAGAGUCUGCUGAAAUAGUUAAUUUAUGCCGCUGGGAAAACAGCGUCUUCGCGGGGAGAUCACCAAGUGCAAAGGGAGUUUAGAAGGACGUGCGUCAAGCCAGAUUAUCAGAAGCGACUUCAGACACCUCAAUCAGACAUCCAAAGUCGUUUAACCAUAACAGUACGCUCCACCCUCAUGUCAAGACCUUGUCUGUCUUCCCGAGGAGCCAAACCUCCAGUUGCUCCAAAGCCAAAGGUCUCCACUAAGCAGGACGAUGAACACAGCCAGUGCAUUGUUAGUAACGGAGAUGUUGCAUCAGAAUUGGAAUUAGAGCAGGACAGUGAAUCAGAAUCUACUCAGGAUGAAGCUGACCCACCAGGUGAGCCCCAAAAGGAGGAUCUUUCUGAACAAUUACCAGAGAACCACAACAAUGAUUGUAUUGAUGGUAAAGAAACAGAGGAAGUCCUGCAGUUGGGAGCAGAAGAAAGAGAUGAAAUAGAUGCAGAAGAAAAGGUCUGCCACUUUGAAGUAGAUGAUGCAGGUUCCUUGAAUGAGGUUAAAGAUGUUAUUGUAACCACUGUUUCAGCUGCUAUAGACCACAUCAAAGAGACAGAUGAUGCACACCCACAACCAGGCACAGGUGAUCCUGCUGAGAAGGACACCGGCAUGGAGUAUCAAACAGGGUGUGAAUCAGAGGCCAACAAUGACACACCAAGUCCUUAUGAAGAAAUUCUGGAAUCCAACUUAAAUCAGAGCAGUACGUAUGCAGAGAUAGAUAAUGCCGAGGAGCUGACAUCUGACACUGCUGAUGACACAGAGGAGCCUUAUUUCAAUGAGAGGGAGUUCCUCUGUGGAACCCCAAUAGAUACUACAGACACUAAGCUAUGUAACGAUGGCACAAGUGCAGCGCGUAGCACUGAGGAUACAUCAAACGAGGUGGCUGGGUUUUCCUCCCAGGCUAUGAAUGGCAGUCAGCCAUCCUUGUGUGAGGAGUACCCAUAUGAUGUAAUUGGACCUCUGGAUGACACCGGUGCAUGGCAGCCAGAGCGUGCCACCAAAGACGAAUCAGGACGUUUCCGAUUUUCAGAGGGAGUGGAGGAUCCGUUUGAGCCAUAUUCAGUCAUAGAGGUGGUGCCUUCUGAUCUCAUGAGCACCUCCGAUCCUGAACUGGAAUGUACAGAUGAGGAUUGUACUGAAGAGAUAGCAAAGGAUGAUGAGGAAAAGAUGGGAUUUACACAUGAGCCCUUUAGUGUUUCAUCAAAUGACGUAGCUGAAGUAGAUGAACAACAGGCUCAGGUGGAGGAGAGUGAAACUUCCCCUAAUGAACCAUUGGAGCAGGAGCUUAGUGAGACAGCAAAUAGAGAUGCAGUGGAUGAGUAUGCCGACAUCGAAGAUUCACUUUGUCAGGAUGAAGACCUUCAGCAGCUAGAGUGUGUGUCGUCUGAGGAUUACGUAGAAAUAGGCGAUGAGGACGAGCCUAUUGACAUGACACGUAAAACUAAAGGAAAGAGCACUAAGGAGCGCUCAGCCAUUCGCAGGCAAGUUGGUGUGAGCAAGAGAAACAGCUGCCAACCGCGUCUUAGACUUUGUGAUAUCACAGUGCCCCCUGGCCUGGACUUAGGCAGGACUCCUGAGCUAACAAACCGAUUAGUGUUUGCCCACACUACUGAGGCAUUUGAGGAGGACAUAGAAGACCUCGACUGCCACAUAGUGCCUUUUUUUGAGGACUCUGACUCAGAUAGUGAUGAACAUAUUUACGAGGAGGCAGGUUUUGAUUCGGAAGGAGAGAACUUUAUCACUCUAGACAGAAAGACCAUUGUGACCCGUUCACGAUCUCUCUCUGGGAAGGUACCCGGAUAUGUCCCAGAGACUGUUCCUGAGGAGACAGGUAACGAGUCUCAGACCCAUGACUACUACACUGUGGCCUUGGAUCAAAAUGGAGAUGUGGCACAGGUUUCAGAUAAUUCAGAGUCCAAUCGGAUGAUUCCUUCACUAAACUCUAGACGUUUUCUGUUCUACCCGCGUUCGUAUUCUGCGGAGGGCAGAGAAAUUACUUUGUCUACCCAUUUAGAGGGCAGUUAUUCACCCAGAAUGGACAACAGAGUGAAACGGACAGAUGACACUCUCUCCCUACCUUGUGUCAUCACCUCCUCCGGAAGCUUCUCUCAAAGAAGCCACCAGUCCUCUAGUGGUGUGUCUACACCUACAUCUCUUGUUGACAUCCCACCACCCUUUGAACUGGCUUAUAUCACCAAGAGACCUAUAACUAAAAGUUCCCCUUCUCUGCUAAUUCAACAUGAAUCAAAUGACAAACCAAAAAAGAAGAAGACAUCAUUCAAGCGCUUCCUGGCUCUAAAGUUUAAGAGGAAAAGCGACAGCAAAUCACAUGGUGAUGGCAGUGUACGCUCUUCCAGAUCAUCAUCUGAAUCUAGCCACCAUGGGCCAGUUCGGGUUAUAGAGCUGGAUCGGAGGAGUAAUGGGAGCUCCCCUCAGCCUCAGUCUCGCAUGAUUAAACCACAGCGCAGCUCAGACUUUCCUGCCAGUUUUGUGGUUUACAAAGAUAGCCAGAAAAAGAAAGGUAUACCUAAGACUUAUGGCAGCAGGGGCAUCUCCAGAGUGGAGUCAUUUGAGGACCGCUCUCGGCCUCCCUUUAUGCCACUCCCACUCACCAAGCCUCGAUCCAUCUCUUUCCCAAGUGCCGAUACUUCUGACUAUGAAAACAUUCCAGCCAUGAACUCAGACUAUGAGAAUAUUCAGAUUCCUCAAGGGAGGCCCACUCGGGCUGUCACCAUCACCGAGUUCUUUGACGACCAAAACCGGUCAUCAGCUGCGAAUGAGAACGAUGGUUAUGUUGACAUGAACAGCUUUGCAGGAAUAGAGAGCAAAACCAGCACACAAGAGCAAGAGACAGAGAGUGCAUACACAGAACCUUUCCCAGUGUGUCCUGAUCCGGCAUUACAAAUCGCAGAGGAAGACCAUGGACGCACAUCGGAGGAGGAGGAAGGCGGCGCUGAUCAGAGCUAUGACAGACAGAUUGAUGGCAGAUCCAGAGCGUACUAUGUAGCCAAGGAGCUGCUGGAUUCGGAAAGAGAACAUGUGAAGACACUAAAGCUACUUCAGGAGGAUUUCAGGUCAGCGGUGGAGGAGGCUGUAGGGGCGGACGGCGAGCCUGUGGUGGAGGAGGGGAGGAUGGAUGAGAUACUCAGCACCCUGCCUCAGGCCUACCAGCUCCACACAAACAUCCUUACACAACUAGACUCCCGCAUUCAACAGUGGGAGGAGAGCCCGAAGAUGGUGGACGUGUUUUUGGCGCACCGUGAGCAGUUUGGGAUUUUCGUGACCUACAUUGGCGGUUAUGACCGCAGCAUGGCUCUGCUAGAGGAGAGCUGCAGACAGAGAAAAGCCUUCGCUGAUGUCGUCAAACACUUUGAGCAGCAGAAUUCAGAGGGAGUGCAGAUUCCUGUGAAACACCAGCUGCUGCAGGUCAUCGUGCGUGUACUUCAGUACCGCAUGCUCCUCACAGAUUACUUAAACAACCUCUCCCCUGACUCGAAAGAAUAUGAGGACACACAAGCUGCGUUGGUGAUGGUGUCAGAGGUUGCAGACCAGGCCAACGACAACCUAAAAGAAGGGGAGAACUUGCUGCGUCUGGUCCACAUCGAGUCCAGCGUGAAGGGAAAAAGAAGUUUGCUGCAGCCAGGAAGAGUGUUUGUGAAAGAGGGCACGCUCAUGAAGGUCUCCAGUAAGAGCCGGCAGCCUCGACAUCUGUUCUUGAUGAACGACAUGAUCCUGUAUACCUACCCUCAGCAGGAUGGCAAGUACAGGAUGAAGAAUACUCUUCCUCUCACUGGGAUGAAGGUUAGUAAACCAGUCAUCGAUAACGUCCUUAACACACUAAGGAUAGAGGUCAAUGAUGUCACCAUCACCCUGUCAGCCAGCUCUGUAGGAGAGAGGGAAGAUUGGUUCCACACGCUGAGCCGAGCUAUAGCCGACCACGCCGCUGGCCUGAAUACAUUCAGCUCCUCUAGCGAGACGAGAGAGAAGCUGUGGAUGUCUCUGGGAGAAGCCGCGCCGGUCCUGGUGCCCAUCUCUCACGCCAUGAUGUGCAUGAACUGCACGUCAGAUUUCAGCCUGACUCUUCGCAGACACCAGUGCAACGCAUGCGGCAAGGUGGUGUGCCGCUCCUGCUCCAGAAACAGAUAUCCUCUGAAGUAUCUGAAGGAUCGAAUGGCUAAAGUGUGUGACCGGUGCUACAACGAGCUCAAGAAACGAGGUGGGAACGUUCCGCUUCCAUGUGGGAGUGCGAGUCCACACACGCAGCGCACCAGCAGACCUCUGUCCGCUGUGUUCCAGAGCCUGCAGCCUCCCAGCCUGUGGAAGAACAAGAAGACCUGCACAUCUCCUCUCGCUCAGGUGUCGGUGGGUGCUGAAGGCUCCACUAUAAGUGGAAGUUUGCAGAGGCGGAAGAAGAGCAAGCGGAAGUGGAAAAAGCUGUGGUUCCUGCUCAAAGACAAGGUGCUCUACACCUUCACAGCCCGAGAGGACAAAGUGGCGAGUGAGAGUUUGCCUCUUCAGGGUUUUACAGUAAAGCUCUCUGAUCAAUCCGAGGGUGAGGACACGGGCAGCGUCUUUCAGCUCUACCACAAAAAAACGCUAUACUACACAUUCAGAGCAGAUGAUCGUAACACAGCACGAAGAUGGGUGAACGCCAUGGAGGAAGCCACAGUAUUAUAGUAUUAACCGAAGCUGUGUGGCUGUAAGCCGUGACUCAAACAGAGACGCAGACGAAAGCGUAAAAACCUGAAGGAUUAUUUUCGUUGACUUUUUUUUUUUCCACUGCAGACUUGUAAAGGAAACACUGGAAACUCUGCGAUAGAAGAAAAGGCCAUGUUACUUGAUGUUACUUGUUUUGUUAACUUUCUCACUGAAGAAGGAAGAAAAAAAAUGCCAUAUGUAAAUAAGUAAUAUAAACUGGAGAAAUGUUUUUUUUUAAGCACAAAACGUUUUACACACACGUCGGCUUUAUCAGCUUCAGUUUUUUAUAAGUAUAAAGAAACGACAGGCUAUGAGUUUAAAUAUCAGCUGUCGGAAUUUUGAUACACACUGAGAUGGAUCAAUGCGUGUUGUGUGAAAUCUGUUUACAGUUUCAGCCUAGGCAGAUUUGAUACAAAACUGUACAUAAGUUGUAUAUUUCACCGGUAGAUAUUAGCAUUUAGGCUGUAAUAUAAUAUAAUAAUGUCAUCUGAUUUACAAAGCAUGUGCCAUAGUUUUUGCUGUUUUGUUUUUUUUGUUUUUUUUUUUACAGUCCAAACUUCUCUUGUGGGUUAAAGAAAAAAAACAAACACAAAGUCACACAGUUUUAUAAUAUAAAUGUUUUUUUUUUUUAGGAAAAAUUGCUUCUUAACUUUCAUACUAGAGCUUCUAUGUUGAUUUGGUUAAAUAAUAGAAGUCAGUCUAUCUUCGUUUAUAUAUUUUUCUUAGAAAUAUAUGCCCAAAUAUGACAUCAUUAAUCUAUGUGAUCUAAUUAUUUCAUAUUUUUGUAGUUCAUAUUUACAGAUUAAACUAUAAAAUACAACUACAUUACAAUACAGAUAACUUUUUCACUAUAUGUCCUCUACUAUAUGAGAAAAUUUUGGAAAGCAGGGCUUAUGAGAAACGAUUGACCCUGGCCGCAUCCGUGUACCAACUUUAAAGAGCAGGGCCAGACAGAUAUCAGUUUAAAAAAAAUGUUAAAGGCAGGGCUUAAGAGGCUGGUAGACACUGAUAUGCCCUCUCUAAAAUUUUGGGAGGCGUGGCUUAAGAGGCUGAUAGACACUAAUAUGCCCUCUUUAUAAUUUUGGGAGGCGGGGCUUAAGAUGCUGAUAGAUACAAUAUGCACUCAUUAUACUUUUGGGAGGCGGGGCUUAAAGAGGCAGACAGACAUCAAUAUGUUAUCAUUAUAAUUAUUUAGAGAAGGGACUUGAAAGGCAGAACCAUACCAUAAUAUCCUCAUUAUAUUGUUAGGAGGCGGGGCUUAAAAGGCAGAAAGACAUCAUUCUAAUUUUAUUUUAGAGGUUUGACUUAAGGGGCAGAACCACAACAAUAUAUCCUCAUAUUAUAAUGUUAGGAGGUGGGGCUUAAGAGGCUGACCAAUGGCGAUUUGUUGUCAUCAUAAUUUUGGAAGGCGGAGCUUAAGAGGCAGACUGACACAAUGGCGAUUUGUCCUCGUUAUCAAUAAUAGGCAGACAGACACCAAAUAUGUUCUCAUCAUAGCAUUUGGGAGGCGGCGCUUAAGAGGCAGACUGACACCAAUAUGUCCUUAUUAUAAUUUUAGGAGGCGGGGCUUUGGAAUCAGAAUGGCAGCAACUGUCUUUUAUUUUUUUGUUUAUCCAAGAAGACUUCCUUUAUAAGAACAGAACAAUCUGUGAGUUUUCUUUUUGUUUUUUGUCUGUUUUUUUAGGUUGCAUAGCUCAGUAAAUGUCAGACUUCCAUUACAUCUCAGGUUGCUUCUGAGCUAAAGAAACAAAUGUGACAUGCCAAACACGUCAUUUGCAAAAUUAUGCAACAGUGUGUUUUCCAUUCAUCUCAGUGAUGACGUCUGAUGAUAAUGCCGAGUCUUUCUUGUUACGUGAUUUUAGUGUAGAAUUUAAUUUCGUUAUAUUUAUUUUAUGAUUUUUGUGCGUACCGCUAAAUCAACGGUCAAUUGUAGAAUGUUUUUACCAUCUGUAUUCAGGAGAUCCCAAUCUCCCCUAAGCUCUCUCAAUCCUUCAUUUGAUUUUAAAGUCUGAGCCCGCACCAGAAAUUAAGUUCUCUUGAAAGAGGCGGACUAUGAAUACCUUUUAUGACGUCCAGUCCUGCUGUUAUUUACGCGUACAUUGUGGUUAAGUACAUCGUUCUAACAUCUGUUGCUUGCAAGUUUUGCAUUGUUUCUACUCCCUGGAACAAUAUGUCUGAAACAGCAUCGUGAACCACAUUCAAAUCACAGAUGGAAAUUUAUCCGCAUGGGGAUCGCCUCUCUCUGUGACAAAUGUCUCCACGCCAGGGACACGAAAGAUGUUUGACUGAACUAAAAAACAUGAUCUAAGUUUAUGUAGAUUCUUGCAUGUUUCUUUUCUUUAUUUCUUUUCUUUUUAUUUUAAUAUGGAAUUCCGUAGAGCUGAGAUUGGAGAACACUGACAACAUGUUUCCUUAAUUAUCUGUUGUUCUGCACUGAAGAGACACAGUGACGACACAGUGAUGAAUUUAUUCAGGUUUCUUCUGCUGUACAUAGUGGUGAUACACUGAGAGAGCAGGAAUGUGUUGCAAAUGAUACUGUAAGCUUCCUGUAGGUGUUUCACACCGACUGAGCCUUUUUACUGCACAUUAUAAAGAAGCUUGUUCUGCUUUCUUUAUUUUUUCUGCCAUCUCGCAACCUUUCUUGAAAACUUUUUAAUUUCUUAAAGAAAAUGCCAGUAUUUUUAUCCGAACUUUGUAUCCGUCUAAAGAUGCACAGUCUCUCUUUCGCUCUCCCUCUCGCUCUCUCUCUCUCUCUCUCUCUCUCUCUCUCUUUCUCUCUUUUCUUCUUCUUUAUGACUGGGGUUACAGUCACACACUGUGUUACAUUAUGAUGAUUAUACAGUAUAUAUGACAAACCACUGACUCUAGAGCACUGUAAAUGAAAUGUACAUAAUUAUAAAAGAAAAAGCAUACAUGUUUUUUAUUUGCACUGAUAGAUAAACUAAGAAAAAAAGUUAUGCCAGAUUUAUUAACUUUUUUUUUUUUUUUUUUACAUAAGGGAAUAACAGUUUGUUUGUUUUUUUAAUUGUUGUGUUCAUUUACAAACUUUUUUUUUGUACUUUAUUAUAAAGGUGAACCAGCUGUAUGGACUUGGGAUAUUAUUGUUUAAAUAAAUAUA